GUUUUUCCACAUGCAGUAAUCCAGUUGCCGGCUCCUUGUUGCGAUGUGACAAUCUUCCGCCCGGGGCGCUGUAACGCCCGUCUCUAUUUUGCAGCGAAGAAGAAGUGUGAUCACAACAAUAACAGUGCUAGCAGCAAGGGAAUGUGACGCGCUCAGACUUAAUCCAGCUGUAAGUCAUACCGACUGACAGCUGCUCUUUGCAAGUAACGCGAUACACAUUAUUGUGCAGUUUACGAAUUCAGAUGCAGUGUAGCUUCUCAGCGCGGCUCUACGCUUCCAUAUCGACGCGCGGGUGAUAGGUUAGCCUGUUCGAACUCUAUCGUACUCGUCUUUUUUGUUUAAUGUCCCUGGUUUCCGUUCCCGAGUGCAAACAUGGAGAGCCUUUACAAGCGCAAAAUGUUCGCUUCGAUGCGCAAAACCAAGACGGGCCUGUCCAAGAAGAGGCAGAUCGGUCUGCCUGCCUCCAUCCUGGACGACAGUGACGAGGGCUCCUUCUCCUCGUCCUCGUCGUCCGGGUCCCAGUCCGACUUCCAUAGCUCCCCGGAGGAGGACAGUGACCAGGAGGAGUGGAAAAGGAGUGACUCCGGAGCCACAUCCAGCGACGACAGCCGCUCCGUGACCCGCCGAAAGCGCUCUUUUCUGGGAGGCGACGAAACCUCCUCGUCUUCGAGCACCGCGAAGGAGCGGGACGAUGACGAUGAAGACGACGACGACGAUGAUGAUGACGACGACGACGACGAUGACGGGGGAAAGAAGGAGCUUACGAGUCAGCCGAAGAGAAUGGUGCAGCCCAGGAAGAGGUGCAGGGUUCAGCGACAGGAUGAUUCGGAUUCGGACCGUGCAGAUGAGAAGCGGAGAGAAGAGGAGGAGAAGGCGAAGAGGAGACAGAGACACAACAAGCUGCUGGCGCUGUCGCGCAGGAUGAAGGCCCGCGUUCCGAGCCGGAGGAGGAGCCGCGUCAAACAGCAUGAGGAAGAAUCAAAAGAAGCGGAGGAUGGGGCUCAUGGGGAUAAAGAUGGAGGAAAUAAUGGCAAGGCCGAGGCUUCAGGUGGAGAUGGAGAAGAGAAGGGAGGAGAAGAGGAGCGGAAGGAGGAGAAAGAGCAAGAGGACGAGGCGGUGAAGGAAUAGCUUCACCAUGUGCAGCAAAGCGUACGAGAUGUGGACUUUCAAUGUGGAAAUCUUGCAGUCUUAUUUUCAAUUUGAAGUGGAACUCUGUACAGUGUUUUGUCUUUUCCUGCAGCACUUGUAAACAGGAACAGGAAUGAUCUGCUGCUCUUGAGACUGGCGUUGAUAAUAAUCGCCGGAAAGGCGCACAGAGAUUUGGGAGAACGGUCGCAUCCGUGACACCGCUCAUCCUGCAAUAGCAGUGGAUCCUGAAACGGGGCUGCAAGAGCAUGGCUCUGCGCGUGUGUGUGCGUGUGUGUGCGUGUGUGUUUGGAUCAGUUCUGUCACAUCCUCAAUGUGAAGCCAGAAAAGGUUUGCAGUCAUUUUUCUUUUAUUUUUUUCCAAUCUUUCACUACUCAAUAUCAAGACACCAAAUUAGGAUUUUUCUGUAAAUAAGAAUUUGUCAAGGGACAACUGUUCCUUUGACCUGAUUUAGAAGACGAAAAAGGGUGUUUGAUCGCAUGACACGGGAAAUAUCAUUUUGCGCCUGAAAAGUCAAGUUCAGCGGACGUAUUAUGCAAACGUUCAAAGUGCAUCGUUGUUUUGGGCAAAAUAGGCAUUUUUUUUCUUUAUAACUUUUUUAUUAUUUUUUUUUAAACAUUGUCGACUCCUUGUUUGGCCGCAAGUGCUGAAAUGACAGUGAUUUGCAUUCUGUCUGCUUUUACCACCCGAGACAAGCCAGAGCUGCGCUGGGACUGCUUUUCAGAGUUUUGUCAAUAUUUGAAUUUUGGCAACCUUCAUUUUUAGUAAUUCCCCCUGGCUUUUCUUCAGAGUUUAAAUAGAAAUCAGCUGAGCUUUGAUUUCUAGAGUAUGAUACGCAGGUUUGCAAAAUGCUUACGAUCAACUGCUUGUCAAUAAUUCUUUAAAUAGCUGCUAUCAUAUUUAACCUCCUUUGAGACGCAUCCAUUUCAUUUUGGUUCAUCCCCGCACUUAGCUUGUUCAUGCAUUACAAAAGCAUUGUUGGCCGCACAAAGCUUUGCCGGGUUUUGUGGCUGCGCGACUUAAGGGCUGCCGCUUGCCUAAAAGUUAAAUGGCUGUCAAUCAGCUUCCACGUUAAUGAAUCAGUAGCUGCCAGUGGUACCGAUCUCAGAACUGCAUCUGAGGAUUUUCACGGGACGUCUACCUGAGGGAAGUGGACUGCGGCGUUGCGUUGUAUUAAACUCUGCAAAUGUCUGUU